GCAGGUGAAUUCCGCGCCAGCAGGGGGCGUCCUUUCCGUUCCAGCCACAUCGCUGCCGCGCCGGGCGGGAUUUCCGCACUAACAUCAAGUAUGGCGAAGACGUACGAUUAUUUGUUCAAAUUACUGUUAAUCGGUGACUCCGGUGUCGGGAAGACCUGCGUCUUGUUCCGGUUUUCAGAGGACGCCUUCAACUCCACGUUCAUCUCAACCAUAGGCAUCGAUUUCAAGAUCAGGACGAUAGAGCUCGACGGGAAGAAGAUAAAGUUGCAGAUAUGGGACACAGCUGGUCAGGAGCGCUUCCGAACAAUCACAACUGCCUACUACAGAGGAGCAAUGGGCAUCAUGCUCGUCUAUGACAUCACCAACGAGAAGUCUUUCGAAAACAUCAAGAACUGGAUAAGAAAUAUAGAGGAGCAUGCGUCGUCUGAUGUCGAAAAGAUGGUCCUUGGCAACAAAUGUGACAUCAACGACAAGCGGCAGGUGUCCAAAGACAGAGGGGAGAAGCUUGCAUUAGAAUUUGGAAUCAAGUUCAUGGAGACAAGUGCAAAGGCCAACAUCAACGUGGAAAACGCAUUUUUGACACUUGCCAGAGACAUCAAAUCAAAAAUGGACACAAAAUUGGAGGGAAAUGCGCCGCAGGGGAGCAGUCAUGGAGUUAAGAUCUCAGAGCCUCAGAAAAAAACCAGCUUCUUCCGCUGUAGCCUACUCUGAGGACCGAGGCCUUCGACAGUGGCUGCCAGCUGGCUGGACAUAAAUGGACUGUGCUUGCUUUUAGCACUUCCUCCCCAUUCCCUCCUUCUACCCAACCAUGGCCUGUCCUCCCAGUCCACACAAACCAUCCUACUCCCAAUGAGUGGAAGACUUCCUCUCCUCUCUUCCUCUUCUGAAAGCUUCCAGUGGUGCAUCUCUUCCAUUUAAAAGGAGAUCCGUUGUCUUCAUGAGUCAGACCACUCGACUGGUGGAGGACUGGACCUGGAGCGUUGCCCAGAUGUUCCACGUCACCCAAAAAAAGACACGUUCUUACUUCUUGUAUUAGUCUCUUAUACAUUUCAUACAGGUGGUAGCACAACCGAGAAAGAAAAAUCGUAUAGUUUUGUCAAGGUUUAGGGAUUAUAAAUACAAAUGUGACAUUGACAUCUAUUUUUAUCAGUGGUUUUUCCUAUUUUGUGUGAUAAAUAUAUCCAGAGUCUGAUCGGCUUGAACUCCGGUGAAACCGAGCUGCACAAAGCUUCUAUUCUUUUCGGCGGUUAAGAAUCCUAUCGAAUAUUCUUCAGUCAAUGAUCAGAGGAAUUGGUUUGAAAGUCUUUAUAUCUUCUGCUCUUACUAUUGCAUGCAGCCCUUGACAGUCAAUUGAUGCGACUAUAAACUGUCACUUGAUUUUAAAACACACCUGACUGACUUUGGUGUUACAAGAUCAUGUCUUAAACUGUAACCUUUGAUUAAUCCACCACUUAUUUUCUUGAUUAAUUGAUUGGUACAAAAUGUCAAAACCCACGCAAAAAACAAGAAAAGCAGGACAUCGUCACAUUUUGAGAAAGUGGAACCAGCAAAUGUGUCUCGCUAUUUGAAAUAUAUCUAAUAUUUGCACUUUAAAAAAAGAUUAUCAAAGUGUUGCCUUUAAUUUGAGUCACGUGAAGGUUUUGUCGCAGCUCUAAAUCACUCUCAAGCUAAAUGACGUCUCUGGUUAUUUCGAUCAGCAAAUAAAAUCACUUGAGGUUUCACGCCGUAAACCCCCGCACCCCCAAUCUUGCGCUCCCAGCAGCUCUCCUUGCACUUUACCAGUAACUCGUGUGUUGUGUGUAGUCUGUGCCGAGUGAUAGUUUGCAGUACAGCAAUACAAUAACCUAGUAGAAAAAAGAUUUCGAUCUGAGGAGUCUCGGUAACAAAAAUCGGGAUAAGUCCCAAAUUUUAAUGCACCUACUUAUAACUGACUAUAUCUCCUUUGCGGUUUGAUCCACUCUCCUGGUAGAAGUUCACUGAAAAUCCUACUUUACCAGUUAUAUAUACUUUUAAAAGAGAAUUUGUGAGCCUCUCUUUCUAUGCUACUGCCCUGCCAAGCCAGUUUAAAAGCGAUGACUUACAGGUGGUCCCAUUAGUGUUAUUGUACUUGUUAAUGUGCUUUUGUCUUGUUGUGGCCCUUCAGUUAAACAGCUAGGUGGCACCAGAGGCACAUUAUGCAUCACACCACCCACACUCAAAUUUAAACCAUAACCACCACGAGCCACAGUAAACUAGACCUGUGUGAUGCAAACGUGUUCCCUCAACUCAUAUUUAAUAAUCUUUCCAUUGUUCCUCAUGUUUCCUGCUAACGUUUGUGUCUGGGGGGGGGGAGGGGUCUGUCUUUGCUUGCCUGCACUUUUCUUUUUUAAUAUCAAAUAAUUUGGGACCUCGUGACCAUUUGUCUUAACCGCCAUUACUCAGUCCUGUUGUUGGUGAGCUAUGCAUCGUGAGUCUUGGACCUGUGCAUAUGUGUGUAAAGUGAUUUUCAGACGUAGUCGUAGACGUGUAAAGAUGAAUGUGUGGGUGUUUCGUUUGAGCCAAAAAAAAACUUGCUCUGUUGGUAGAAACUUGCGAUGCGACAUGGAUGAGAGAGAAAUUCACCAUGGGUGGAUGGUUGAGUAGGAACAAUCUGCACGUUGAAAUGUAGGCAUAUUGCUGUUUUCUCACUUGAGUGAUGCUGUAGCUUUAAGUCAUCCACAGAAAUGUAGGGAGCUUUCGUGGCACUCGAGCUGUGUCGUUUUCAGCUGACAUUAUACCUCCCUUUUUUCAGAUUUUUGUUUUUUAAAUCAUAUCCUCUUUCUUUAUACUCCGAUCACCAGUCGUAAUAUAACGUUCAUCUGUUUUUACAGCCGUAUUUUCAUUCCAUACAUUGUGAAGUACACAGGGAGAGUAAUACAUUUUAGAAAAGAGAAAUGUGAAAGAACAUUGUAAAUAUCACAUUGAAAAAGAGAUCUACUUAAAUUGUACUGUACUUUCUAAACACAUGAAAAUAUAUCUACUGUUUGUAGAUAUAUGUGUAAUUUUGAUUUAAUAAAAUAAGAUUAUAAAGC